AUGGCAAGCUCUUCACCAAAUAUAGCAUCACCUCAAUUAGGUAUAAGGAAUAGAUUUUUGAAUACAAGUAGUGGAAAUAUAAAUUUACAAACCAAUAAUAAUAAUAAUAACAAUAACAAUAAUAAUAAUGAUAUAAAUGAUAAUAUAGCAUCACCUCCAAUUUCAAAUAAUAAUAAUAGUAAUACAGCAUGUUCGCCGCAAUUAGUGUUACCUACAACACCUACACCAACAUCUACCAAUAUUUUAAGCCCAUUAACUAAUAGCAACAUACCGAUAUCA